AUGAAGCUCUUUACAAAGCUAAUAGGCUUAAGUUUAUUGUCUCACGUGUACGCUGUAACGUUAUCACUUGCAGAACAAACCCCGGAACCUUCUCCGACGGUUUCUAGUUUGUUAGAACCAAGAGAGCACCACUUGGAUAAACGUAUCAAAGAUGUAAUCAUCAAUAAGGACUAUGCCAAAAAUCAAGCUGCAAAGACAGCAACAACGUCUUCGGAUAAACCUCCUAGUAACUGGGUGCGAACUGUUAACGGUAGAACAGAGAUUGUGCACCCAACGGUUAUUGCGGGCAUUACCAUCAGUGCCAAACCACCAAAAACAACUGAUGGAUUAGAAGUUUGGGUUUCAUUGAAGAACGAUGGAUCUCCAAAAGUGAUUAAACCAGAAUUGAAAAAUGGAAGGACGAAAAAGGGGCGUCCCGAUUACAGCACAUACUUCCAAACUGCGGUAACAAAGGUUUACAACAAAGAAGAAUUGAAGGCUCAUAAUAUGAAAGAAGAUGAGUUGUUUACAGAAGUUAUCCAUAUUGAGGAAGCCGAUUUGGAGGACCAUUUAUUGAACCCUUUGAUAAGAUGUACCCCAGAGAGAUAUAAAAAGACAGGCUUGGCAAAGGAUAAAUCUACUGAACCAUUUUGUACUCCUAAGGACGAUGAGAGAUUGAUAAAAGACAAGACAUAUUUUGUAACCUGGUACUCGAGGUUCUUUGAUCCUCUGGUUGAAAAGGUGAGAAUACACUUGAACAAUGUUAAGGAAAGUUACAAACAAAAGGGUUUCAGGAAGAGAAACUUGCUUGGGGAUGAGGAAGAGGUGGAGGAUGAGGAGGACGAGAAUGACAAUGAUAUAAUCGACUAUACCCCCUUUGACAAGAGAUCGAAGGUUCUUGAGUACGGAGGAAAAGUGCAGGAAUCGUUUUUUGUGUCGGACUGGAUUUCAAACGAAGAGGGAUUUUAUCCAUUGACUAUACUUGAAGAAUGGAUUGGUAACAAAUAUGAAAAGAAGGUUUUGAUUUCCAUUCAACCAGACAAUAUUCCUGAUGAAGAGUUUAAUGUUUUAAGUAAUCCCGUUGUUGUGGAAUUUUCCAAAGGUGUGGUUGUGAACAAAGAACAUCUAGUUGAUUUAAAGAAAUUGGAUGAAAAGUAUAAAAAUCGACACAUGGGUAUUGAAAUUGAGGAAGGUAUUGAUUAUGAAAAAUAUAUGACUAUAAUUACAUUGCCCAUGUGUGUGAUUAUUGCUGCUUUUGGGAUGUGGAUUUUUGUCACUAUAAACAAAGUUGAUCUAAGUAAGGUCAAGAAGAGAAAGUUUGCAAGGGAGAGAACUACACACAGAAGAAUUCCCUUUGUGCUGAAAAAGAAGAAGGAUUAUGAGGCUUUGCCUAUGAGCACUAUGGAUCUUGGCGAAACCAAGAAUGAUUAG